AUGGUUAUGUUAUAUGAGAGAAGGGGAAAGAGGGGUUGCUGCAUUUAUGAGAAGAAGGAAGUUGAAGUUGGUGGUGAAGAAGCUGAAGUUGGUUGUGGUGUAGGGGAAGAAGGUGAUGAUGAUAGUGAAGAUGUUGAAGAUGUAGUUGCUGAUGAUGAUAGUGAAGAUGAUUUGGUGGAUGUUUUUGUGCAUACAGAUGAAGAAGUCAAAGAGGAGGAUGUUGAUAGUGAAGAUGAGAUGGUGAAUGUUGGUACAGGAAGUGGAAGUAGGAAGUCAAAGUUGCAUGCCCAGGCUAGGGGCUUAUCAGAUAGUGAGUGGGAAUCUGAUGAAUGUGGUAGUAUUGAUGAAAGUGAUGAUGACUCAAGGAAUGAAACACCCCGAUAUGGAGAUUUUGGGGUAUGCUCAGAGCCAAGUAAUAUGAAAGAAUAUAAAUGGGUGUUGGGGACAUACUUCCCUGAAAAAACUGAUUUCAUUGAUGCAAUUAGGACAUAUGGAAUACAUAAUGGUAGAAAGUUGAAGAUUUCUAAAAAUGACAAGAGAAGAAUAUGUGUUAAAUGUUGUGGAUCACAAGGGAAGUGUCCUUGGUAUGCAUAUUAUGCCUAUAGGAGUAUCCAAACUACAUGGCAACUAAGGAAGAUCAUUGAUAAACAUACAUGUAGUAGGGAAUUCAACAUUGGUCUAGUUACCAAGAAAUGGUUAAGUAGGAAAUUAGAGAAGACCAUGAAAGCAAAUCCAGAAAUCAAUCUGAGAAAUCUGCAUAGUAAGUUUUCAAAAAAAUGGAAUAUUGGUGUGUCUAGGUCUACAACAACCAAGGCAAAAGCCAUGGAUACCGCCAACAUUGAAGGUUGUUUCAAACUGCAGUAUGAAAGACUAUAUGAUUAUGCACAUGAGUUAUUGAGAUCAAACCCUGGUUCAACAGUAAUAGUAAAAGUGGGACGAAAUGGGGAUAAUGUUAUAUUCAACAGAAUUUAUGUGUGUUUCAAAGCAUGUAAAGACAACUUUGUCUGUUGUCGCCCUAUCAUACAUUUGGAUGGUUGUUUUUUACAAGGCAAGUAUGGAGGUGAGCUUUUAACUACUGUUGCAAGAGAUGGUAAUGAUCAUAUGUGUCCAUUGGCCUAUGUUGUUGUUGAAGUAGAAAAUAAGGAGACAUGGACUUGGUUUUUAGAAUUGUUAAUUGAUGAUCUUGGAGGAGGAGGAUUCUGUUCAAGGUGCACAUUUAUGUCAGAUCAACAGAAAGGACUUAUGCAAGCUUUCCGACAAUUGUUGCCUGGUGUGGACCAACGUUUCUGUGUCAGGCAUUUGUAUUCUAAUUUUCGGAAGAAAUUUCCUGGGAUAAUUCUUAGACAAUUAUUGUGGAUGGCAGCAGCAGCUUCACACCCCCAAGCAUGGGAAUCGGUCAUGAGACAAAUCAAGGAUGUCAACGAAGACGCUUUUAAACACUUGAUAAGUAUUGCACCAAGGUUUUGGUCUAGGUCCAGGUUUUUGGGAAGACCUUCAUGUGACACAGUUGUCAAUAACAUCUCUGAAGCUUUUAACAGCGUAAUUGUAGAUGCAAGGGGGAAACCUAUUAUAACAAUGUUGGAAGACAUUCGCAGCUACCUAAUGAAGAGGUGGGCAUCCAACAGGCAGAAGAUAACUAAGUAUGAAGGUUCCAUUUGCCCCAAAAUUCAAAAGAGACUUCAUAAGGAGCUACAGAAGACACAAUAUUGGAUACCUAAUUGGUCAGGGCUGCAAGUAUUUGAGAUCCGGCAUACAUCCAAUCUUGCAGAAAAAUAUGUGGUUGAUGUAGACAAAAGAGAUUGUAGCUGCAGGAAGUGGAUUCUCACAGAGAUACCUUGCUGCCAUGCACUCACAACUAUGAGCUGUGGGAAAGAACAUCAUAUCCUGAUAUUUUGCCUCCUCCUAAUAGGGUCUUGCCAGUUUAAGCAAGUCUUAGUUUUGGUUUUAAAGCUGCUAGACCAGUCCAUUUGA